ACAAAAACCUUUCCUACUCCCAAUGACUUUUCCACAAACAGCCUACACAACUUCAGCUUGCGUUUUUGCUUUGCUUGCUCACAUUUAGGGGAGGUUGUUUGGAGGACAAUGACCUGAUUGCACAAGAAGCUGUUGGUCUGUAAAGGUGAUAACUGUGGAGAGACUUCCAGUUUUUGAACACCACACUGUUCUUACCUACUGGCCCUCCACCCCACGCACACGAAGAGAGAGAACCACAGAAGCCAUGUUUCCUCUCCGUGUACCCCUUUUGGCCAUACUGGUCAGUGUGGCCCUGUGCCAGUAUUAUGACUACGACUACCAGCCUGUGUCCAUGUUAGGACCCUCAGGGCCUAACUGCAAUCAAGAAUGCGAGUGCCCAAUCAACUUCCCUAGUGCCAUGUAUUGUGACAGCCGCAAGCUCAAGUUUGUUCCUGUGGUCCCAUCAGGGAUCAAGUACCUGUACCUCCAGAACAACCAGAUAGAAGAGAUCAAGGCUGGUGUGUUUGAUAAUGUUACUGAUGUGCUUCGCUGGCUGGUACUUGACAACAACCAGAUUACUAAUGCCAAGAUAGCAAAGGGCACAAUCGACAAACUCACAGCAUUGGAGAAGCUAUUCUUCAGCUACAACAACCUGACAGAGCCAGUCAUCCCUCCCUCAAAGUCUCUUGAUGAGCUGAAGAUGAUGCACAACAAGUUGUCAAAGUUCCCCUCUGGACUCCUGAAUGACAAGGAGAACUUGACCUCCAUCAGCCUCCAGCACAAUCAGCUAACCUCUGAUGCUAUCACAGGGGCAUUCAAAGGGCCGAAGAAGCUGCUAUCCCUGGAUGUGAGCCACAACAGGCUGAAGAAGCUGCCCGCCGGAGUCCCCGGUUCACUGGAAAUCCUCUAUGCUGACUACAAUGACAUCGACGGUGUUGGGGCAGGAUACCUGAACAAGCUGCCUUCACUGCAGUACCUGAGGAUCUCCCACAACAAGCUGGAGGACUCCGGAAUCCCUGCUGGAGUGUUCAAUACGACAUCGCUGGUGGAACUGGACCUGUCUUUCAACAAACUGCAGUCCAUCCCUGAGAUCAGCGACCGGCUGGAGCAACUCUACCUCCAGGCCAAUGAGAUUAACAAGUUCGACUUGUCAAGUUUCUGCAAGUUCGUCGGACCCAGUGACUAUUCCCGCCUGAAGCAUCUGCGUCUCGAUGCCAACUACGUCACACACAGCAGCAUGCCUCCUGAAUACUCCAACUGUCUGCGCCAAGCUUCAGAUAUCAUGUUUGAAUAAGGACUUCCCUCAAAGCUAUGACCUGUCCAUGAGUCCCCUCUCUACUACCAUGGAGAAGCUCAGCCCAAAGCGUUCUGGAUUUAAAUGUUGUAGUACCGCUCCUUUCAUAGUACUCACAUGUCCUUGCACAUAAGUAAUAUGCAAAUCUGAGGUACUUCUUCAAUUAAAUAUAUAACUUGAGUAGAUCAAGAGCUGGGCAAAUUGAGAUACAAUAGGUGUAAACACAAGCUAACAACAAUUUUGCAAAUCUUAUCUCAUAAAUCAUGUAAUCAGAUUGUGAAAUUCAUCGAGCAUCCAACAAGUGUUUCAGACACUUGGCUCUAGAUAUUAAAGAAUGUUCUCAUUGUUCAAAUAAAAAUGAAGGCAAAAAAAUAGAAGAAAAAAAUUAAAAGAAAAAACUAAAUAAAAAAACAAUAACUAGCUUUUAUGUGUAUAUAAAAUGAAAUGGCCAAAAAGUCUAUGAAUAAAAAUGAUUCAUAGUAAAACACACACUUUGAUCAUUCCAAACUUACAUUUGAUCAUACUGAAAACAGACACAUUGGAGGAAAAGGCUGCUCCAAUGUCUUAAUUCAGUCAUGGUGUCAUUUUGUUGUGUGUGUUGUGUGUUCCAGUGUUUAGCAUGUAUAAUAUAAUGUGGAUACAAUAAUUAAUUCAUUGCUGUGCAAAGGACCAGCACAUAAGGACUGCAUAGUUUCAGAUUUCAGUGUAUAAUUCCUAAUGUAGAAAGAAGUGAACAAAUGUAAAAUAGCAGUUAUAUAGCAGUCACAUGUUCAACAUCCUGAAUGAAUCAAAGUGGGUUUAAUGAAAAUACCAGUGUAAUUUACUCAUGUUUGUCUGUUGUCUGCCUUCUUCACAUUCAGAGUCCCACUAAUUGACAUUUUUGAACUAUAAAGUAGAUAGAUAGAUGGAUAGAUAGAUACACAACUAAGAAAUGUUCCUUUUCAUUUGGAAAUAACCUUCCAGAUCCCUAAAUUAGUAACUUUAAGCCAAAUAUAAGUAGGAUUUAAGUGUUUCUGAAGUGUUUGGUGUUGAAAAGUAGAAUAAAUGACAGAUGGUCAAAAGACAUUGGUAUUGUCCUUGAAAUUACUUUGCUCAAUUAAAUCUUGAGAUGACCGUAUGAUGUUUUCUUGAAUUCCAAUUGUCUCUUUUCUUUGCUUAAUUUCUAGCUGUCUACUGUCAUUGCUGAUUUGUAUACAACAUUUGCAUUACUUGCAUGCAACCAAUGGUACCAUUCUUUGAUAAUAAACUACAGCUUUUGCAGUUAAGGUGCUUUCAUUGUUACGUUGUUGCUUAGCAUGUUUGAUAAAUGCUUCUUACCAGUACAAACUCAACUCAGCAGCAGUGUCAUAUUGAUGAAGUUAUUAGAAUAUUACAUUUUGUUUAGGUAAUUUUUCCUUUCAUCAUGAUUUCCUUUGUGGCCUUUGACUCAGUAACUGGAUAUGAACUUGGAUUUACUGUGAGGAAACCAAACACAGUUGAAUAAACUAUAUUUUCAACUUU